AUGUUGCUAUCGACGCACGCACUUAAACAAGCAAUGGUGCCUUUCCCUACGAAUGAUAACUGUGCUCCCGGAGAUAACAGAGGCAGCGAAGCAGAAGAGCCCGCCGGAAUAGACGGAAUCGGAACCACUGCCCAGCUUAUACACUCACAUAAAGGAGUUGAUCAUGGAGUUGAUACGGAAUUCCUCAUUAUCGGAGCCGGACCUGCUGGGGCAUCCUUGGAUUGCUUUCUCGGCUCUCAUGGGCUGAAGGGCAUCAUGAUCAGCGGCGCCCUAGGGACAGCAUAUACCCCCCGCGCACAUAUUACUAAUAUGGCGGCACUAGAUUAUGAAUUAGCCAGCCCCUGUGAGCCAUUUGAUUUGCCGCAGACAGUUCUGGAGCCGGUUCUGGUUCGUCAUGCGGCUUUGAAAGGCUUCAGGUGUCGAUUUCAUACCACACUCGUGUCGUUCGCUAGCGACGCGAAGACUGGCCUAAUCACUGCGCAUAUUCGUGACGAGAUGUCAAACCAGGAGUACCAGAUCCGUACGCGAUAUCUGUUCGGGGCCGACGGUGCUAGAAGUGAAGUGGUGAAGCAGCUUAAGUUGCCUCUGGCAGUCCAGCCUGGUCAAGGCAUUGCGAUCAAUGUGCUGGUCAAGGCCGACCUCUCCCAUUUGGUUAGGAACCGAACAGGUAAUCUUCAUUGGGUGAUGCAACCAGAUCGGGAGCACCCGGACUUUGGCUGGAUGGGAAUCGUGCGCAUGGUGAAGCCGUGGAAUGAGUGGAUGUUUAUUCUAUUCCCAGCUUGCAACUAUGAUCGUUCUCAAGACAAGCCGUCCAGGGAGGAAUAUCAAAAGCGAGUCCAGGAGUUUAUUGGCGAUGAUACAUCGGCGGAGAUCCUCGAUAUCUCCACAUGGUAUAUCAAUGAGAUCGUCGCAGAGAAAUAUUCGGAGGGUAAUAUCUUCUGCCUUGGCGAUGCCGUUCAUCGUCACCCUCCGUUGAACGGUCUGGGCUCAAACACCUGCAUCCAAGACGCAUUCAACCUGGCCUGGAAGAUUGCAUAUGUUCAUAAAGGGCUUGCGUCGCCGUCCCUUCUGUCCACCUAUUCUAUCGAGAGACAGCCUGUGGGUCAUUCAAUUAUCACCAGAGCAAACCAGGCAUACCGCGACCACUUCCACGUGUGGGAGGCUUUAGGCAUGUUUCCCACAGACUUAUCCGCACGGAAGGAGAUUCUAGAGGAAUUGAAGAGUGCGACCGUAGAAGGGUCUAAGCGCCGCCGUGCUUUGCACGCCGCGAUCAAGCAUACCUCUCAUGAGUUCCAUGGUCUGGGAGUUGAAAUAAACCAGUAUUACGACAGCCAAGGAAUAUACACCGCCGACGAGCCCAAUCCCUAUGCCCCACCCGGACAGGCGGCCGAGGAUAAGGUCUUGUAUCAUGAACGAACCACAUACCCUGGAUCUCGGUUACCUCAUGCAUGGCUCAACAAAGCAACCCCAAGAGACCCUAUUUCGACAAUCGACAUUGCUGGCCAUGGCGUGUUCACCUUCCUGAGUGGAAUCGGAGGCGGACCCUGGAAGAAAGCAGCUGAAAUGGUUGCAGAAACAUUUAAGGUGCACUCCAUUGGGUUCAGACAGGACUGGGAGGACGUUUACUUUGAAUGGGAAAGCUUGCGAGGCGUGGAAGAAUCAGGAGCGGUGUUGGUGCGGCCAGAUCGCUUCGUUGCAUGGAGGGCACCAGAGGUUCUCCAGGAUACUGGAGCAUGCGCGUCGAAGCUUCUUAUCGUUAUGAGGACUAUUCUAGGAUUCGUUGAGUACAGUGGUCACAAUGUACUUGGUCCACUUAGCCAUGCUGUCUAA